AAUCACUUCGAGAGAGUUCGAGAACUAUAACACAAUCUCUAUGUGGAGCAUCUAAGUUUCUUCUGUCGAUCAAAGCUAAGUAAAAAAAAAAAAUUUAUUCUUUGCGUCACUUCUCUAGGGUUCUUCUUCUCUAAGCUUCAUCUACUAAACAUGAGUCGUCAUCCUGAAGUGAAGUGGGCUGAGACCACUGACAAGAUCUUCCUUACUGUGGUAUUAGCUGAUUCCAAGGAGACUAAAGUUAAUCUAGACCCUGAAGGUGUCUUUGAUUUCUCUGCAAAAGCUGGUCCCGAGAACCACGUUUAUGAACUUAAACUCGAGCUUCACGGUAAAGUCAAUGUAGAGGAAAGCAAGAUUAACAUUGGAGUCAGAAGCAUCUUCUGCAUAAUAGAGAAAGCAGAGCCUGAAAGGUGGAAUAAGCUAGUCCGUGGAGGGAAAGCGCCUCACUACGUCAAGAUUGAUUGGGACAAGUGGGUUGAUGAAGACGACGAAGGCAACGCUGGUGCUGGAGAUAUGGAUAUGGGAGGAAUGGGUGGAAUGGAUUUCUCGAACUUUGGUGGAAUGGGUGGUAUGGAAGGACUUGGCGGUAUGGGUGGCAUGGGUGGACUUGGUGGUAUGGCCGGACUUGAAGGACUUGGUGGCAUGGGUGGUAUGGGUGGCAUGGGAGGCAUGGGUGGAAUGGAAGACUUUGAAGAUAGUGAUGAUGAAGAAUUUGCAAAACCAGGAGAUAAGAAAGAUGAAGCCGUCAAGGAAGAAGCGAAACCAGUAGAUGUCAAGGAAGACAAGUGAAGAAGAUGCUGUUCGUUCUAGAGAUGAACUCAUUACUGUGUUUUGCUUUCAAGUUUAUUAUUAGCUAAGGGUUAUUAUUAUUAUUAUUAGCUUUUUGAGUUUAUUAAACCCUCUGUUUUACUUCCUCUUUUCUAAAAUGUUUUGCUUUUAUGGAUUUA